AACCCUGUUUCAAGCGGCGCAUAACCUCAGAAAGUUACAAAAAUAGUUUUAAAAAUCGUUAUUAACCGCAGGAUGAAAUAUAUUUCAAAGUUGUUUCAACCUGUAAUUACUAUACCAAAGAAUGCUAAGAUUAAGAAUACCGAAAUCACGUGUAAAAGUCAAAAGCUUCUUUUAGAAUUAGGUCUGGUCAGGCCGACAUCAUCUGGACUGUUCACUCUCCUGCCACUCGCAAGAAGAGCCUUAGAUAAGCUAGAGGCAAUUGUCCGUCAUUACAUAGAAGAGGCAGGUGGUCAGCGGAUAUCAUUGCCAGCAUUGACGUCUGCUCAUUUAUGGGAGAAAACAGGGAGACUGCAAGAUGUUGGUCCAGAGCUGGUACAUCUUCAGGAUAGACACGGUCAUAAAUAUCUAUUAGCUCCAGUAAGUAAUUCAAAUAACAAAAAUUCUACUAAGUUUGAUUAAUCUUAUUCCGAUUUAGUCAUUUUUUAUGAGUUUUUUAAAUUAUGAAAGUGGAAAAGGGAGUAUGUAUUAUUUCUUUCAGUAUGAAUAAAUAAUUCAGAAAUAAAUUAGUGUAUCCUCAUUAGACUGAUAUAGUGUAUGUGUGAUAAUAUAUAUCAUAUAGGAGAGUUUUAAGGACUGCCGAUGCAACUGAAAUUAAUAGUUUAAUGUGACAGAAACACAGAAGCUUGAGAUGAGGGUAUGUGCCACUCAUGCGAACAAUUUGUACGGUGAGAGCACAACGCAAUACUUGGUUCUGCGGCUUAUUAAUAAACUACCUCCAAAUUUUACUGAUAAUUUAAGGCAGAGUAAUAUUAAAAUACAGCUUAAAAAUUAUUUCUUUUCGGAUAUGUAAUUCUCCUGAUUAAUGGGUUAUGUGUAAUGUUUGAAAGUAUUUUUAUUUUACUCUAAUUUGCAACUAGUAAAGAUAUUUAAGAUGUUGUGGAUUCGAAACUACACAUAAAAGUGUAUUAUAAGUCAUUGAUAAUAAUUUUGUAUUGUGAAACGUAACUUACCUACCACACAAAUUAUUCGCUUCAAUUUGUGUUUAUAAUUAAAUGCCAAAAAAGGUUAUAUUAAUAAUUAUAAUUGAUUGUUUUUGCAGUCACAAUUUUAUAUUGAUAAGUGUGAACGAAUGUAAAAACAUUAUUUUAAAAAAAUAGAUGUGUAACACUAUAAAUUUAUUUGAUUGCAUUUUGGAUCGAUGAAAUGUUAGUUAGUUAACAAUAACACAUAAAUAUCAAGAAUAAACUUUAAAUUAUUUUUUAUAGAAUCAUCUAAACAAUAACAAUAUAUAUAAUUGUUUGAAUUGCUAAAUAACAUUGUCAUUAUUUUAUUUUCCUUUUCAGACACACGAGGAGGCCGUGGCCGACUUACUAGCUGACGUCGGUCCUCUGUCAUACAAACAGCUGCCAUAUUUACUCUAUCAAAUAAGCAACAAAUAUCGCGACGAGCACCGCCCCAAGCACGGGCUGCUGCGCGCGCGCGAGUUCCUGAUGAUGGACGCGUACGGCGCGCACGCGCACGAGCAAUGCGCGCGCGCCCUCUACGGGGACCUCGCCGCCGCCAUAGGCAGGAUAUUCGACAAACUGCAGCUGCCCGUGUACAGAGUGGAGGCGCCGGCGGGCGACAUGGGCGGGUCGGUGUCGCACGAGUGGCAGCUGCGCGCGUGCGCGGGCGAGGACCGGCUGCGCGUGUGCGCCGACUGCGGCCACGCGCGACUGGCCCUCCCCUCCACCGGCGGGGGGGAGCGCUGCCCACGCUGCGGCGGUCACACCGACACGCUCAACAGUAUAGAGGUGGGGCACACGUUCAUGCUGGGCGCGCGGUACAGUCGGCCGCUGCUCGCCGCGUACACCGCGCCGGGGGGGGGCAGCGAGCCCCUGCACAUGACCUGCUACGGGAUCGGGAUCACCAGGUUGCUGGCCGCGGGCGUGGAGGCGCUGUCGUCGGAGUCGCACCUGCGCUGGCCCGCGCACGUGGCGCCCUGCUCCGCCGUGCUCGUCGGGCCUAAGGAGGGCUCGAAAGAGUGGCUGUCUCACAGCGACAUGAUCGAGCAAGUGUACCGCCAGCUCGACGCUGUGCCGGCGCUGCGCGGGGACGUGCUCGUGGACGACCGGCACCACCUCACCAUCGGCAAGAGGCUGCUGAUGGCCGACAGGUUGGGUUGCCCCCUGGUGGUGGUGCUGGGCAAGUCCGUGUCCUCUGGACAAGUGGAGGUGUACCGCGCGGGGGCCGACGGACAGUUGCAACCGGAACUGAUGACCCUAGAACAAUUAACACAAAAACCACUAGCUGUUGUUAAUUGAAUAUAAUUAAAUACAUGUAUAUACAUAU